AUGAUGCAUGUUACAAAACAUUUUCAUCACAUCAAAAUACAACUAGAAGCUAUAACAUCAGCAACCAACAACUUUUCUGAAGACAAUUGCAUCGGAAAAGGAGGAUUUGGGGAAGUGUACAAGGGAGAACUCAUCCAUUCAGAGAGGCAAACCGUGGUUGCUGUAAAGCGUUUAAAUCGUGCAUUUGGGCAAGGAGACCCCGAGUUCUGGAAGGAGAUCAUCAUGCUUUCCCGUUACAAACAUGAAAAUAUCGUCUCUCUUUUAGGGUUUUGUGAUGAGAGCGGUGAGAAGAUCCUCGUGUACGAGUAUGCAUCUAAGAAAAGUCUAGACUUGUAUCUCAACAGUGAGGAUCUAACAUGGAUCCAACGCCUAAAGAUUUGCAUUGGAGCAGCUCGAGGACUCGCCUAUCUUCAUAAUCCUGGUGGGACCCAACAAAGGGUAUUGCACCGUGAUAUUAAAAGUUCUAAUAUCCUCUUAGAUGAAAAUUGGAAUGCUAGGAUAUCAGAUUUGGGUCUAUCCAAAUUUGGUCCUGCCAACCAACAAAUCACAUUUCUUGUCUCCAACGCUGUAGGCACGAUUGGGUAUUGUGACCCGGUAUAUGUAGAGACGGGGGUAUUAACAAAGGAGUCAGAUGUAUACUCGUUUGGGGUGAUGUUGUUCGAAGUACUGUGUGGGAGAAAUAUAAAGGAUGAAAUAAAGCCCAGGUCUUUGAAGGCGUUUACUGCAAUAGCUUAUCAGUGUUUGAAGAGAGAUCUUGAAGAACGUCCAUUAAUGACCAAGGUUGUGAGAAUACUUGAACGUGCGCUACAACAUCAACAGGAACAAAGUCAGCGCCAACGGAUGGCGGAGGAGGAGCGAAGUUUGGCGGAAGAGGAGCGAUGGCGGGCGGCCGAGGAGCGAUGGCGGGCGGCCGAGGAGCGACGUUUGGCGGCGGAGGAGGAGCGACAGCGGGUGGAGGCGGAGCGACGACGACAGAGGGAGGAGCAACAGGAUAGAAGACUUCAAGAUAUAGCUGCUUUGGUUAGACAGUUCAGUCAAUCUCAACAUUGGCCCCCGCUACCACCAUAUUGA